AUGCAUAGCUCGUUUGAUAAUUCCUCCAUCGCCUCCGAUGACUCGGUGAGCAAAAGACGCCGACAUGCGAUCUACUUUCACCGUCCGCCAGUUUGGCGUUAUAGCUCCUACCAAGAUGGCAGCUCCUCACCGGACAUGUCCGAAGACUUGAACAACAUGGCCAGAGACCGAGCAAACGAAUCGAUUGAGAGCUUAUGGCGUAUAACAAAAAAUACCGAUGAUGGUGACAAAGAGAUUGACGAGGGUCGCUGGAUGGGCUCGUUGCGCCUAGCGGAUCAACAAAAAACAGAUGCCGCUCCAUAUGUGGUUCUCAACGACUCUGACUCGGACCUGGAGGUUCCACUUUUGAACACAGAUUCUUACGGCGAAUCGACCCUUCUUGAGUGCCAUCCUAUCAAGCCAACACCGGAACCAUUUCAUCAGAAGAAGCCGAUAUUCUGCACGCGGCUGCAUUCAUACAAAGACAUUCGCCUGGGAUGGGGGGAACAAUGGGCAAUACAAGAGGGAUCGGUCGUCAUUGGCCUGGGCCCGGAAUAUACCAUUUUCGACAGCCAGCAGAGGGAAGAGGACGAAUUCCAGGUUGCGGGUGGGGAUCUAUAUGUCGUGUGUUCGUUGUAUGCGGACCUGUGGGCACUUUGCGCAAAGGUGUCAUUGGAUCCGUCCACAUCAGGCGACACUCCUCUGAAAUUCGCAUUUCUUCCAUUAUGUGGGGUUACGCUGGCGCAGAAUUACAGCGCAUUCGUGCAGCGAAGUACCGGCGGUAUUCAGUAUUUCGGUUCAAUCGAGGAAAAAUAUCCUGGGAAUGGCCUGCCUGUCAUGCCCCCGCGACGCUCACAUAGCCUAAUUGCUAGCAAGCAGAUAUUCGGUUGCCCCAAGGGCCCGAUAAAAGUCGAUCUUCUCCCCAUUGACCAGAAGGCAUCUGUUGCGCAGAAGAGGCCCAGCAAAAUUGCUUCGGAAGUCCCAUGGCGUGCAUCCACCAUUGGCGUCCUUCUGCAAUAA